CUUCAUCCCUGAAGAAAAUGGAGACUGGACUUAUUGAUAAUAUAAUCAAUCGAUUAUUAGAAUUUCGAGGACCGGGAAAAGGCAUUCCAUUAUUGGAGUUUGAGAUCCGCCAACUGUGUUCAGUUUCUAGUGAGAUUUUCCUGGAACAGCCCACUUUGUUAGAGCUUAAACCACCCAUCAAGAUUUGUGGUGACGUCCAUGGUCAAUUUUCUGAUCUGUUAAGGCUGUUCGAGAAUGGUGGUUAUCCUCCAAGUGCAAACUACCUAUUUCUAGGAGAUUAUGUGGACAGAGGCCAGCAAGGUAUUGAGACGAUGUGUCUUCUCCUUGCCUACAAGAUAAAAUAUCCUGACAAAUUCUUCCUCUUGAGAGGAAACCACGAAUGUCCUUCUAUAAACAUCAGGUAUGGCUUUUAUGAAGAGUGCACGACAAGAUUCGAUGCUAAGCUGUGGUGGAAAUUCAUAGAAUGUUUCAGCCGUCUACCAGUGGCAGCAAUAGUUGGUGAAAAGAUUUUCUGUGUGCACGGGGGCAUUUCUCCAGAGCUACAAAAUUUGGAUCAAAUCAGAAAAAUACAACGUCCUGUUCAUGAACCGAUAUCAAGUUUACUCAUUGAUCUUCUCUGGUCAGAUCCCAGUGAAGAUAUUCAAGGUUGGAAGACGAAUGAAUUGAGGCAGACUUCGUUUAUUUUCGGUGCUGACAAAGUGACAGAGUUUCUGCAGAAACAUGAUCUGGAUCUCAUUUGUCGUGCUCACAGUGCUGUGGAAGAUGGAUAUCAGAUCAUUGCUGACCGGCAGCUGAUAACUAUAUUUUCGGCACCUGGGUAUCGAGGGAGGAAUAAUUCUGGUGCAAUGUUUAGUGUCGAUCCUAAUUUAGUGUGCACCAUUCAAAUGCUAGAGCCUUCUGGUUCAGGAAGCACAACCACAAACAAGCUCACAAGAUUCCCGGGAGAACAGGGAGAGUCAUCCUUGGUUUAUUAUCAAUCUCCGGGUGAUCUAGAAGGCCAAGAAAUCGGAGAACUUAAGGUUGAGUUUGGAGAAACAGAGGUAGAGGCUGAUAAUUUGGCAAUAGGAUUAGAGUUGCUGGAAUGGGAAUGUUCAAGGAAAUAUUACUUUGAUUGACAGAAGAUACUUAGAAUUUCGUUUGUAAUUUCAAAGGCUUGCAGGCCAUAACAUUCCAUUAAUGAAUUGCCAUGCUUUUAAUUUUACGGAUUACUUAAGGAUAUAAAAUCCAUUAGUGUUACUGGAUCAAAAUCGUAUUGGCUGUAGCCUGCAUCUGUAUUUGGACUCUCAACUUGGGUGAUAUAGAAUGAGAUUUGAUUAUCAA